UAAGAAUCACUGAGCUACACAAGAUAAAACUUAAUGUAUAACAUCGACAUUACUAUAAAAACAGAAAAACAGAUGGCUAUUAUAAGUUAUGCAAACGCACACAGAUCCUCUGGAAUAUGUUUCCAUCUGCGACAUGUUGAUUUUUCAAAUACAUCCUUAAGUACAGGAUCAGGGAUCAUGCAAGCUCACAUCAAUGAGAUGCUUGAAUAUCUUGAUUCAAAAAUGGAAAUAGAAGAGUUUACUGUUGGAAAGACACACACUAGGUCGAAAAGUAAUUGGUAUUUUCAGGUCAAUGACGUUGACUCUUGGAAUCUAUCGGGAAUUCGUUCAGCUUGGAAGAGAUUCAGGGAACUGGGAUUUCAUAACCUUAUUGUCGUGUCUGUCGUAGAUGAGAACAGAAUUCCUCUGCUGAAUACAUUAUGGCCAAGCAAUGACACUGAAGAUUUUACCAUUGCACUGAAACAGAAAUUAAUCCAUUAUUAUAAAAUCACCAAAAAGGACAAAAGACUACGAAAUCAAAACUUUGGAGAAGGAGCAAGAAAAGUUCACUCACAGCAUGGUGUGUUAUUCAUCGCAAUUAAAUACAAAGAGACAACGCGAGAUCAAUCUAACCCGUGGCUUGACCUUCUGUCCUGUUUUGGAUUACUUUUGUCUAUAAUCGUGUUUGGGGUCAUAGAUAUUAUGUGUUACAUGCUGAAGCUGUGUAUCGGAAAACAGAAAAAAUCCCGUAGGAAAAAAGUUAAAAAUCUGUCCUUUUUUUAAUUUUUUAUUUUACCGAAUAACAAAACAAAGCGUGCCAUAAUUUGCUUACAGGUGAAUUAUUUAUGUA